AUGAUUGAAGAACAAGUGGAAAACUCUUCCCCGCCCUGUUGUGCCAAGCCGGAGGUUCGUGGUUAUGCGUUGAAGCAUAGGGAUGACGAUGGGUCUUUGGUGGAAGCUCAUGCCAUUGGAAUGCAUAAUGACGUUGGGGACAUUUUACCUGUGGAGGAAGCCUACUCGUCAGUUCGUGCAGUUCUUGCAAAGUUUCUGGAAAAGUUGCACCGCACCCAUCCCUUACGUAUUAUUUGGGUACUCAUUCUCAUACUUCUUGUGACAAGUGGGAAUGCGAUGCAAAUCAUUGGGCUAAACUUUUGGAUUCGCUCUUUCCCUAAAGAUGGGGCACCCGGAAACUUCGCGACUCUUGCCGUUUCAUCCUUACUGUUUGGAUUGUUUUUUUUGCUUAUGCUGGUGAUAUACCUCAUUAUUGUGAGACCAUCUCUUGCGUUUCUUCGUUGUGCUCGCGGGUGGUGGCUGCUGUUUCUCAUUGGUUUGGCAGACGCAGUGAACAGCUACAUUGCCAUCUACGCUGCCUCGUAUACACCGGAGGUGUUGCAGGCUGUGUUUACCACCCUUGUCCCUGUCUAUGCAGCAGGAUUUACUAAGUGGAUUUUGAAGGAUCCGAGGAACUAUUGUAACAUCUGGGUCUUCGUGUCCUUCCUUCUUAUUGUUUCUGGGGUGGUGGUGGCUUCCACAUACCAGUUCGCACGUGGUUUUGGGGGUACGUCAAAAGACAAGGCAUGGUGGAGCUUGUUCUUUUUCUUAUCUGUCCCCCCCACGGUCUUGAUGAACAUCUGGCAGAGUUUGUACAUGCUUUGUUUUACGUAUGAUCCUUCGUUUGAGGAACAUCAGUUUCUGUCGGAGCAGGCGGAUCCCAUGCCGGGGUCACAGCGAAACAAUCAAACGGAAGUAGAUUUGAGUACGCAAAGCACUGAAAGAGGUACUGAUAGCGAAUACAGCGACGACGAAGCCAGUCCCACGCAGGAAAGGAGUUCUGCGAGGCCAGAGGUCGCCUCCGGCGACAUCCAUGUUUUGGGGAGAACUGGAGACUCCUUUAUUCGUCGUAUGCAGGGAAGCGAUGCCCUUGUGAAGCUUGUCAUGCUGACUUGCGGGACGAAUAUUCAAUUUGUGUUGGUUAUGCUCGCUCUUCCCAUGGACGCCAUCCCUUGGUGGGGCGGUAGUCACAGCGUGCAGGAUGCGUGGACUAAUUUCUCUGACGGACUCUGGUACAUAUUUCAUUGUGAAAACACUUUCAUCUACUGCAUGGUGUACACCGUGGGGUUUGUCUUUACGUAUGUUGGUUCAGCCUACCUCAACCAACACAGCGUGACGUUGUGUUCCAUGAUUGGUCAACUUUCCUCGCCCUUUACGGCCUUGAUACUAAUCAUUGUGCCCAAGUGGGACCUUGAGAAGGGCUACACGCCGUGGUACAUAAGUCUCAUAGCGAUUAUUUUGCUUUGCGUAGGCUCAUUUGUCUACACCUUGUGGGAAGAAAAGACCGAACAAGAGAAGGAGGCCGGGGAACACCGGUUAAAAGAGACACUGCUGUUUAAUAUGCGGUUUUCGACUCCAGCCACGAGGCUGAGACGCAAUUCAGUCUUUUUCUCCACGGCACACGAGUAG